GUCUUCACGAAUAAAUUGAUUCAGAUUAAUAAACUGCGGACGAUAACGUGACGUUGUGUGUUAUCAAUAUUGUUUCACUUCGGUGCUUCGACAGUUGCUCGAGUACUGCCUUGCAGGACGAUCGUCGCAUCAUUACUUGGAAUAUCAAAUAAAAUAUUGGUCAGUGCAUUGGUGUUUGGUGAAGAUAGUGCAGCGAUAUUAAAUAGUGCUUUUAGCAAGGAAGUUAUAAGUUCAAAAGUGAUUCUUAAUAUAAGUGUGACUAAUGAAGAGAUGACGACGGUACGGUCGUAUGGAAUGUUAAAUGAUUGCCACACUGAUGGGAAACUGCCUCUUCAAAGGCUCAACAACCACGCUAGACGGGAUCGGUCUUCGGCCGAUGCCAGCAGAACGACCAAAAACGUUGAGAAAGCUAAAGUCUGUUUACGAUGCGUCCCCGACUGAUGCGCCGCCGGCUCCACCCUCUAUCCUAAGCAGCAAUGGACAGGCGACAGAUAGAAACAUCAAUGGAGUUGAGGAUGAAGUCAGGAGACGCAGCAACACUACCAGUUCGACGCAGAGCGGAGACAAGUCGCUGUCGAUUCUUAGCCCGUUUGAUGAGCAGGAGGAAUGGGCGAAGAUCUCCGAAAUCAUGGCGUCGUUUGGCAGCAAGCUCGUCCGGGAGUCCGUUUUCGUAUCAGAAUUGGAACAGGAGUUUACUUCCAGACUCGGUCUUAGCUGUUCCGAAUCCAGCCUCAGUCCAUCCGUGGCUUCGAACCUUGGAUUAUGGCUGUCUGGCAUGGGAUUGCAUGACUAUGAGAGUCUGUUCCUAGAAAGCGGCUUCGAUGAUAUCGAUUUUGUUAACGGUAUCCUAGAUGAAAACGAUCUCCGAGAGAUGGGCAUAGAAGAGAAUGAUAGACAAAAAAUACUAGAAUCAGUUAAACAAUUACCUCUUAAAAUAACUGAAAUAAGCAAUAAUCAUAACAAUAACAAUAUAAGUAAGAGCCAAAACGAAUCUGUAGAAGAAUGGCUGAGAAAUAUUAACUUAGAACAAUAUAGUGAUACUUUUAGAAAACAUUUGUAUGUAGAUAUGGAUAGAGUGAGAAGGAUUUGGGAAGUGGAAUUGACGGCUGUGCUGGAAAUCCAGAAGGCUGGACAUAGGAAAAGGAUUCUGGCUUCAGUGUCUGGACAGCAUAAUGGACCUGCCAAUCAUAUGGAGGAUAUUAACGCUGAUCUCAAUACUUUGAAGAGCAACAUACAGCAGCUAAAAGAAGAAAUCAAAGAAAAGUUACCACCUUCAGAAAAUUUGAAACCCGUUCCGCCUCCCGUUGUACCUACGCUAGCGCCACCUGGCGGUGAGACACUAAAGCGCAGUAAAAAGAACAGGCCCGCUCCUCAGCCACCAAGACCUUCAGACUUGGAGAUCAGGGCACCAUCGGAACUGCUGGUUGGAGUACCAGGGGCGUUGAAGACUCAGUGGAAGCAUCAGCCGUUUGUACUGGUUACAGGAGCUGUCACUUACGUAGCAAAUUACCUAGGAUCAACAGUGGUGAAGGAGCUUAGAGGUACAGAGUCCACGAAGAAAUCAAUCCAAAAACUGAAGAAGUCUACCAAAGAACCAAGGGAUUCUCCUGACAUCAUCCUUUCAAUCAGCUAUAGAGGUGUCAAGUUCCUUAACACUAUAACCAGGGAGUUGGUGUGCGAGCAUGAAAUCCGUAACAUCCACUGCGCGUGUCAGGACGCUGAUGACUUGACUCACUUCGCAUACAUCACCAAGGAUCACACCAGUCGAAGCCACUACUGCCACGUCUUCCGAGUUGCGACUAUGGAUCAAGCCACAGAAGUGAUUCUAACACUAGGCGAGGCCUUCGAAGUAGCGUACCAAAUGGCUUUAAGAGAGCAAUCCAACAGAACCAGAGUGACACAAUCAUUAGCUAAGACCCCGACUCACGACCCAAUGACCACGACCAACAAGGAGAAACCAAAUGUCAACCACGGGAGAUCACAUUCCAUCACCGAGAUCAAGUUGAAUGGGCAUCAGCUGAAGAUUGCUCCACUACCAGCUUCCCUAUCCAAUGAGGACUUCCAAGCAUCGUCUAGAAGCACCGACGGCUCCAAAAGCCCAAGAACUCCUCUCCUCAAGGCCCCCAUAGCAUCUACCGAAGAAUUGUGAAAGCGAAGGUAAUGUUAACUAAGCAGACUUAGGUCGUUACUGCCACUUUCCUGAACAAAGGAUGAUAUUGAUCUAGUAGUAGUUAAAGUAACAUAGAAAGUUUUUGAUGUUGAUUAAUUUGGCUAAAAUGUUCAUGGAAUUGUCUUCCCGGAAGAUAAGCUUCCUAUUGUAAUGGAAAUUUUAAAUGUAAACGAAAAUUAUAAUGAUAUAAAUCUAAACAUGUCGCCUUUAAAUUAUAAGACGGUCAUUUUGGAUUUGUUUGAAAACCAAAAAUUAUUGUAAGUAUCUGUUAAUGUUUAGCAGUUUUUAUACUAAUUUUUUUUAAUGCAGUCGAUGUAAAAGGAAGCUGGAUAUGUCUAUAUGAAAAAUGAAAUUUUGCAAUGUUUUAUUGAUAUUACUCAAAUUUUGAAUCGAUAUUUUGAAAUAGGUUUGGAGGUUAGUGUUAAUUUGAGGUUGGCACACAUUACUCUUCGAUUAAACCUUAAGGCACUAAGUAAUAUUAUCACGAAUAAAUUUGGUUUUAAAUAUUGUGUUCAUUCGAUAUUGUAAUAAGUGCGUUUUUUAUCUGUAAGAAUAUUUU